AUGGGCUCCUUCUCGCGAAUCCCUUCACUGUUACGGAUGCCUGUUUCUUUUUUGCCUGUCAAGCGCAACGUGAUCAACGCCUCUAGCCUGCGGGCCUACAGCCAGGAAACCAACCAGAAAUUCGCACAAGCAAAUGCACACGAAUCGCAAGAAGAAUGCGACCGUAACAACACUCCGAAUCAUCCGAUUCCUUCCAACGACUCCCAGCCGACUCUGCGAGAUGGCAGACAGUCCAAUUUAUCUGAUAUGGAGGGAGUCAGACAUGAUAAUCUACCAGAGGACGUGAGGAAGCAUAAUGAAGACAUGGAACACCGCUAUGAUCGACCCUACAAUCAUAUCGCGGGCGAGGGCAAGGCUGAGAACGCAUUUGAGCAGAAAUUAGUGUCGCUACUGAGGUUCUUUGGAGCUUAG